AUCAUUAACCAAAAAAAAAAAAAAAGAAGUGUGAAAAAAAAAAUGGGAAGGAGUCCUUGUUGUUCUAAGGAAGGCCUUAACAGAGGAGCUUGGACUGCUCUUGAAGACAAAAUUCUUACAGAUUAUAUCAAAGUACACGGUGAAGGUCGUUGGAGAAAUCUCCCCAAAAGAGCUGGUCUUAAGAGAUGUGGGAAAAGUUGUAGGCUUCGGUGGUUGAAUUAUUUGAGACCUGAUAUUAAAAGAGGUAACAUAUCUGCUGACGAGGAAGAGCUUAUCAUCAAACUCCACAAACUCUUGGGAAACAGAUGGUCUUUGAUAGCUGGGAGGCUUCCAGGGCGAACAGACAAUGAAAUAAAGAAUUACUGGAACACCAACUUAAGUAAAAGAGUUUCCGAUCGUCAAAAGUCACCCGCCGCUCCUUCGAAAAAACCCGAGGCGGCUCGACGGGGAACUGCUGGUAAUGGCAAUGCUAAUGGUAAUGGUAGUGGUAGUUCCUCGACACACGUGGUGCGGACAAGGGCGACAAGGUGCUCCAAGGUUUUCAUAAACCCUCAUCACCACACACAAAACAGAGACCCAAAGCCUUCCUCAACUUGUUCAAAUCAUGGGGAUCACGGGGAAUCUAAAACAAUGAAUGAGUUGUUAUUACCGAUAAUGUCUGAAUCCGAGAAUGAAGGGACGACCGAUCAUAUAUCAUCGGAUUUUACAUUUGACUUCAACAUGGGAGAGUUUUGUUUAUCGGAUCUUUUGAACUCCGAUUUCUGCGAUGUAAGCGAGCUUAAUUACAGCAAAGGUUUUGAUUCGUCACCCUCACCGGAUCAGCCUCCCCUGGAUUUCUCCGACGAAAUGCUAAAAGAGUGGACGGCCGCCGCCUCCACUCACUGCUCUCACCAACGUGUGGCUUCUAAUCUCCAGUCCUUGCCUCCAUUUCUUGAAAAUGGAAUUGAAUGAGCUUGAAAAAAUAAAAGAUGAAAAAUAUUUUCUCAUGUACACCAAAUAAAUCCAUCUUCCAUCAAUAAUUCUGCUCUUCUUCUUCGUGUGUGUGGCGUUUUAGUCUCUCACAGGACUGUUUUGUCGACGAAUUUUCCAUAAGAUUUCCACGUGGGAAUGUUGGCUUGUUUCUUCCGCAUCAACUUGGACAAUAUUUUUCUAUUAAGAAAUUACAACAUAAAUUCUUUUA